AUCAAUGAUGUCAACCAUUGACUUUACCUUCAAAGUACGAAAAUGUGAACCAGAAGUGAUUGUUCCAGCAUAUCCUACACCCCAUGAAUUUAUGCAACUCUCAGAUAUGGAUGAUCACCAAAACUUAAGAUUUCAAAUUCCAUUACUAAAUUUCUAUGAACAUAAUCCAAAUUUAGAAGGGCGAGACCCAGUAAAGAUAAUAAAAGAAGCAAUUGCAAGGACGUUGGUGUUUUAUUAUCCUUUUGCAGGAAGGCUAAGAGAAGGGCCGGGUAGAAAGCUAUUUGUAGAAUGUACCGGUGAAGGAAUCUUGUUCAUUGAAGCAGAUGCAGAUGUAACCUUGGAACAAUUUGGCGAUGCUCUUCAAUUUUCAUCUUCACUUUCAUGGUUUCAAAAUGUUAUAAAAAAGGUUUCAAAUUCUGAUGGUAUCAUUAAUUCUCCAUUAUUGUUCAUCCAGGUGACACGACUCAAGUGUGGUGGUUUCAUUUUUGCUCUUCGUUAUAAUCAUACAAUGGCUGAUGGUUUCGGCCUCGUCCAAUUCAUGAAGGCUAUAGCAGAGAUAGCUCGUGGAGCCUAUGCUCCAUCAAUUUUUCCGGUAUGGCAAAGAGCUCUCUUAACCGCAAGGGACCCUCCCAGAAUAACUUGUCCCCACCCUGAAUACGACCAAGUUCCUAUCACCACCAACACCGCCAUUCCAAUCGACAACAUGGCCCACCGCUUCAUAUUUUUUAGUCCCCUCAAAAUCUCAGCCCUUCGUCAAACCUUACCUGCCCACCUUCGCCAUUGUUCAUUCUUUGAGCUCAUCGCAGCCUAUGUUUGGCGCCUCCGAACCAUAGUCCUUCAACUUAGUCCAGAGGAGGAAGUGUGCUUUCUUUGCCCCGUAAAUCUACGUUCCAAGAUCAACUCUUUACCAUUAGGAUAUUACGGUAAUGUUUUGGUUUUUCCGGCAGAACUCACCACAGUCGCAAAUCUUUGUGGUAACCCACUAGGUUAUGCUGUUGAAUUGAUUAGGAAGGCUAAGGCUAAGGUGACGAAUGAGUACGUAAUGUCUUUGUUGGAUCUUGUAGUGAUGAAAGGACGAUCCCUUUUCACUACAGGUUGGCCAUACAUAGUAUCGGACCUAAGGAGGGUUGGGUUUGAAGAGGUGGACUUUGGAUGGGGAAAGACCAUUUAUGGAGGACUUACGGCAGGAGUGUUCGGAACUUUCCCUGGUACGUUAAGCUUUUGUAUAUCUUUCGUGGAUAAAAAAGGAGAAAAGGGAAUUAUGGUGCCUCUGUGCUUGCCUGCCUUAGCCAUGGAAAGAUUUAUGGCAGAGUUUGAUGCCUUGAUGAAUGUGGAACAAUUGGUUGAUGAAGUUGAUAUCCAUUAG